AUGAAUCGCGUUGACGAUGAGCAGGAUGUUUUCCUCUUUAAUCUGACGACCAAAGAGUUCCGUAAACUCCCUCCAUCUAUUCUUCACUACACGAAAUCUGUCUAUAAAUCUCAUUAUUCGGUCUCAAAUGCUGUUGGAUUCGGAUACAAUUCCAAAUCGAGAGAUUUCAAAGUGGUUAGGGUUGUAGAAUUUGUGCACAUAUAUGAUGAAACUGUACCAGACUGCUUAGCGAAAGUGCAUAAGAAAUAUAUAACUCUCGGGAUUUUGAAUGGAAGCAUUGUUAUAUUUUACCAUCCAACUGAUGUUGAAAAAGUCAUAUACAUUUGGGAGAUGAAGAAAGAUGAACACGAUGUUGUUUCAUGGUCAAAGCUAUUUACAAUUGGUCCUACAUUUGGAAUUGAGAACCCAUUGUUCGUGGUGAGUCCGAAUGAAGUUUUAAGGAAGAUCAACGAGAAGCCAUUGUUGUUUGUGAGUUCUGAUGAACUUUUAAUGCAGACCAAUGAAGGAAAAUUGAUUUUUUACAAUAUUAAAACUCACCGGGUCAAACCUAUUCCAAUAGAAGGGCCUUGUAGCGAAUUUUGUGCUACUUUUUUCGACCAUAGUUUACUUUCUGUGAAAGGAGGACAUAAUGUGUUGUAUGAAUUUUAA